AUGGCGGAUCGCGGAUCUUUCGGAUUUGCCCCUCGAUUAGAUAUCGAGCAGUUGCUAUCAGAAGCACAACACAGGUGGCUGAGGCCUGCUGAGAUCUGUGAGAUUCUUCGGAACCAUCAGAAGUUUCAUAUUGCGUCAGAGCCUCCCAACCGACCACCCAGUGGUUCGCUCUUUCUCUUUGAUAGGAAGGUGCUCAGAUAUUUUAGGAAAGAUGGGCACAGCUGGAGGAAGAAGAAAGAUGGUAAAACGGUGAAAGAGGCUCACGAAAAGCUGAAGGUUGGAAGCAUUGAUGUGUUACAUUGUUACUAUGCACAUGGGGAAGAUAACGAGAAUUUCCAGAGGCGUUGCUACUGGAUGCUUGAACAUGAUCUGAUGCAUAUUGUUUUCGUUCACUACUUGGAGGUUAAGGGUAACCGGAUGAGUUCCGGUGGAAUUAAAGAAAACAAUUCAAAUUCUCUAAGUGGCACCACUUCUGUGAAUAAAGAUUCAACAGCAACCCCAUCCAACACAUUUUCACCACUAUGUGAAGAUGCUGAUUCUGGGGAUAGUCGUCAAGCAAGGUCCAGUUUGCAAGCUAAUUCUGAACCUCAAACUGUUUCUCCUCAGAUAAGACAUCAGCAGAAUGCUAGCACAAUAAAUUCUUGUAAUCCAACCACUAUUUUGGGAAAUCGAGAUAGUUGGACACCAGCUCCUGGCAUUGGAAUUGUUUCGCAGAUUCAUGGGAAUAGAGUAAAAGAAAGUGACUCCCAAAGAUCAGUUGAUGUCCCAGCAUGGGAUGCUUCCUUUGGGAAUUCAUUUGCAAGAUACCAGAAUGUACCUUAUAAUUCUCAGUUGACUCAGACACAGCCUUCUGGUCCUGGAUUAAUGCCCGUGGUAGGGAAUACAGCGAAAGGUUCUCUGCUAACAGCAGAGCAUCUCAGAAAUCCUCUUCAAAACCAAGUAAAUUGGCAGAUUCCAGUUCAGGAAAGCUUGCCAUUGCAAAAAUGGCCCAUGGAUUCUCAUUCUGGAAUUACUGAUGGUACUGAUCUGGACUUACUUGGGAAAAGAGCACAUGAAAAUUUUGGGACAUUUUCCAGUCUUCUUGGCAGUCAAAACCAGCAGCCUAUUGAGGGUAGUUUUCAAGCUCCCUUUGCAAGUAUUGAAGCAGCAUAUAUACCUAAAUUAGGCCCUGAGGAUCUGAUAUAUGAAGCAAGUGCAAACCAAACACUACCUCUAAGGAAAUCAUUGUUAAAGAAAGAGGAUAGUUUGAAAAAGGUUGACAGUUUUUCUCGAUGGGUUAGUAACGAACUUAGCGAGAUGGAGGACUUGCAGAUGCAGUCUUCAUCUGGAGGUAUUGCGUGGACCACUGUUGAAACUGCAGCAGCUGCAUCUUCCUUAAGCCCUUCCCUAUCCGAGGAUCAGCGCUUCACCAUAAUCGACUUUUGGCCCAAAUGGACUCAGACAGACUCAGAAAUUACGGUCAUGGUUAUUGGCACAUUUCUUUUGAGUCCUAAGGAAGUAACUAGCUAUAGCUGGUCAUGCAUGUUUGGAGAAGUGGAGGUUCCUGCUGAGAUUUUAGUAGAUGGUGUUCUUUGCUGUCAUGCUCCGCCGCAUGAAGUCGGUCAAGUCCCGUUCUAUGUUACAUGUUCCGACAGAUUUUCUUGCAGCGAAGUACGAGAGUUUGAUUUCCUUCCUGGGUCUACCAAAAAGUUGAAUACUGCGGACAUAUACGGUGCCUUUACAAGUGAAGCAGCACUUCAUUUGAGGUUUGAAAAUCUGCUGGCUCGCAUAUCUCCUGUUCAGGAACAUCAUAUAUUUGAAGAUGUUGGGGAGAAACGAAGAAAAAUCAGUAGGAUAAUGUUGCUAAAAGAUGAAAAGGAGUCGCUCCUCCCAGGGACAAGUGAGAAAGAUUUGACGGAGCUUGAAGAAAAAGAGCGACUUAUUAGGGAAGAGUUUGAAGAUAAAUUAUAUGCAUGGCUUAUACAUAAGGUGACUGAAGAGGGCAAGGGUCCAAAUAUACUAGAUGAAGAAGGACAGGGUAUUCUACACCUUGCUGCAGCGCUUGGGUAUGAUUGGGCUAUAAAACCAACUUUGGCAGCAGGAGUUAGCAUCAACUUCCGCGAUGCAAAUGGGUGGUCUGCUCUUCAUUGGGCUGCAUUCAGUGGCAGGGAGGAUACUGUUGCUGUACUUGUCUCUCUGGGUGCUGAUGCUGGAGCAUUGACGGACCCAUCGCCAGAGCUUCCUUUGGGUAAAACAGCUGCGGAUUUGGCUUAUGGAAAUGGACACAGGGGAAUUUCCGGUUUCCUUGCAGAGUCUUCGCUCACUAGCUACCUCGAGAAGCUAACAGUGGACGCCAAGGAAAACAGCUCCGUGGACUCCUCUAGAGCAAAAGCUGUCCAAACAGUAGCUGAGCGUACCGCUACUCCUAUGAGUUAUGGGGAUGUGCCAGAAACACUGUCGAUGAAGGAUUCACUCACUGCUGUCUUAAAUGCCACACAAGCAGCUGAUCGUCUUCACCAAGUGUUCAGGAUGCAGUCAUUCCAGCGGAAACAGCUAUCUGAGUUCGGUGACAACAACGAGUUUGGUAUAUCCGACGAGUUAGCUGUUUCUUUCGCAGCUGCAAAGACUAAGAAGCCAGGACACAAUAAUGGUGCUGUUCACGCCGCUGCAGUUCACAUUCAGAAAAAAUAUCGUGGUUGGAAGAAGAGAAAAGAGUUCCUUUUGAUCCGACAAAGAAUCGUCAAGAUCCAGGCUCAUGUGAGAGGACAUCAAGUCCGGAAACAAUACCGAGCCAUUAUUUGGUCGGUAGGGUUACUCGAGAAAAUCAUCCUGCGUUGGAGGCGUAAAGGCAGUGGCCUACGCGGUUUCAAACGCGAUGCAGUCGUCAAGGCACCGGAACCUGUAAGUGCUCCCCCACAAGAAGAUGACUAUGAUUUUCUCAAGGAAGGAAGGAAGCAAACCGAGGAAAGGCUUCAAAAGGCUCUCACCCGAGUGAAGUCUAUGGCUCAAUAUCCAGAAGCACGGGCUCAAUACCGUAGGCUAUUGACUGUCGUUGAGGGCUUCCGCGAGAACGAGGCCUCUUCUAGCUCAGCUAUGAACAACAAUAAAAAUACAGAGGAAGCUGCGAAUUACAACGAGGAAGACGAUCUAAUCGACAUUGAUUCUCUUUUAGAUAAUGACACUUUCAUGUCUCUUGCAUUUGAAUGA